GAGGAGAAAUCAGGAUAAAGAUAAAGAGACGGAUCGACCAUGAAUUAUACAACAUUCGAGCCAAGACAGCUCAGGGCAUCCAAGAAUUCUACGACUACGAUAUCUCCCUCAUUGAACUGGAGAAACCUGUGUCCUUCGGGGGACGAAUCAGAACUGGAGCUUCUGAGUUUUGAGAAGGUGCCUGCCGAGUUCAUCUCCUUGGACCACAAGAGAAUGAAUGUGCAGAUCAAGACCAAAAGAAGUCGUCCCACAUGUGUUUCUGGAGCUAUUCAGAAGAUAUAUUCCAAUGUGUCCAAUGUUGACGAAGUGGUGACCGACAGGUUCCUGUGCAGUGGAGAAGAUAAGUCGUUGGAAGCAUACACUUGCAAAGGCGAAUCUGGAGGGUCGCUCUUCGUGGAGAGGAGAGAAAGACAUUUUCAGGUGGGUGUGAUCAGCUGGGGUACAUAUGAUCCAUGUGUACGGAAGAGGAAAAACGACAAUGGGGAAAUGAUACGAGAGGAGCCAAGCAAAGCAUACAAACCACGAGAUUUCUACAUCAGCCUCUUUCAAGUGCAGGAUUGGUUAAGAAAACAUCUGGACAAGUCCUUGAGAUUCAUUCCCAUGCAGUGAACUUCUAGUAUUUGCUCUUAACCAGAACUUAGUACAGUAUUUGCCCAGCCAGCAAUCGCCAUAAUAAUGAUUAAAAAUUACCUUGAUGACAUCUGGCAAUUGAAAUAUUGAUAUUCACAGCAGAAGGAUCCAAAUUUGGUCCAAAGUUCCUUCCACAGACAUUGCAAAAAUGCCAAUCAGCUGAAAAUAAAAUUAAGCCAGUGGUUUCUUUCACACCAUACUGUAUAUUAUGCACCCCUGCUUGUCUUCCAAGAUCCUUCGAUAAUAUUUAUUCAAAAGUUAAUCCUAUUCCCCUGAAGCUUUCUAGUGUUGAUUAAGACAAUGGCUAUUAAAAGCUUAUUCCUUGUUCUUUCUCCCCUGUUUGUUAUGACUUCUUACCGAGCAUGGCAACAGGAAUACUGUUAAAUAAACUGUCAGUGGAGUAGCAUA